UUGGUUAGCUCACUGCAGACCCCAAACUGUCCAUAAAUGAAUUACUGAUCGGCAUGGAGCAGUGGUUUCUGAAGAGAAUGUGGAGAGGGUUUUAGUAAAGAAGCGGAUUUGAUUUGUGUUGUAUCAGUCUUGAGUGCCAGACCUUCAUGUUUACUUUUGAUUGCUGUUUUUCAACUCUCGUCAGAAGGAAGACUUAUGAAUGAAACUUAAUCCAGGAUGUUUUCAUCUUCCAGCGAGUAUCGAUCGGAAUAAAGGAACAUUACUUGCAUGUAACCCUUUGAAGGAUGUGAAAGAUUGGAUCAGAAUGUCGAGGGGAAUUAUCAGUAUUUUAUAAACAAUGGAGUACACAUUCAAAAUAACAUUACAAACUGGAUAAAGCAAUGCCUUUUAAAAGUUUCCAUGUUUGAAUGUGAACUGAGCUGAACUGAUUUAAAGGAACAGCAUUAAAUUGGAACUAUUCAAAAUGAUGAUGAAAGACAGUCAUUCCAAACGAUGGCCUGCCCCCAACCAAUAUCUGUCGGGAACGUACAUGAUUAUGUACGAUUCAGAGAUAGGAGGACCACCGGACCAAGGUGGCUCAGGGGUGGGGCGCAGAAGUUCAAGGAGUAGGAGGAGAGAACAUCAUGAACCAGAGACACGAUAUAGAUCAGAUAUUCGGGAGGAGGCGGUGAAGGUGGCCCUCGCCAAACACAAUGAACUGGUGAUGCCCUUACCAUCCAAGAGACAUUCGCUGCAUGCCAAUGUGGUUGCCAUAGAAACACCACCAGAAUCAGAGACAGACGAUGACGAUUCCAUCUCCUCCUCAUCCUCCCACCACACCCACGACAUUGGGGCGGGGUCAUCCAGCUUCCACUAUGUGGGGAGUGGCGAGCCGGGCCUCAAUCCACAUUACCACAGACUACAACCAGCCAAUGGACACGUCAGUGCUGGCCGAGGGGCUGCCUCUGGAGCCAGGGGGCUCGACAUUGCAAGCAGCUGGGCUGGUGGCGCUGUGCAGCCGCCUCCCGACGUGACAGCGAGCUCGGGUCACAUCGCUUACGUCCAGGGAACGAGCAAGCACGCUGACGAUUCAGGGUCGAUGGUGAACAGUAAGGUGUCUGCAAAGAUUCAGCAGCUACUCAACACACUGAAGAGACCCAAGAGAAAACCACUCCAAGAAUUCUUCCAAGAUGAAGAAGAAGAACUAGAAGCUGCAAACGAGAUGGACCCCAACGCCCCUCAACCAGAGGGUAACACCAUCACCCCAGCCAUUGGAGAGCAGCUGAAUGUUCCGACAGGCCUGCCCAGGAAUUUGGAGUCAGCGGUCCAGAGAUAUGGGACUGCAACCCCCAAGGUUCCGGUCGUCUCAUCACUAGAUGCCAACGGCAAAGUACAUUUCCAGCUGACUUACGGAAAAUUACUAAGCCGAGCCAACAAAAUUGCUUAUUUCUUGCUGAAUAAAAUUGGUGGAAAGGAACCCAUACUGAAACCAGGAGACAGAGUGGCCCUUGUAUACCCCAACUCUGACCCAGCAGCAUACAUGUGCGCCUUCUAUGGCUGUCUCUUUGCAGGGAUUGUACCAGUUGCAAUAGAUGUUCCAGUCACUAAGAAGGAUGCUGGUAGUCAACAGAUUGGUUUCUUACUUGGAGGUUGUGGCAUCUCCGUUGCCUUGACAACCAGUGCCUGUCUCAAGGAGCUACCAAAGACGCAAUCCGGCGAGGUGUCAAGGUUCAAAGGCUGGCCCAAGCUUGCAUGGCAUGUAACAGAGCAUCUCUCAAAACCUCCCAAGGAUUGGCAGAUCCCACCCCGCCCAGCAGACGAUAUGGCUGCUUACAUUGAGUACACAACUGACAACGAGGGCAGUGUAAUGGGCGUGACCAUCCCGAGGCGGUCGAUGGUAUACCACUGUCGGACGCUGACGGUAGCUUGUAACUACGGAGAAGGAGAGACCAUGGUCAACGUUCUGGACUUCAAGAGGGACGUGGGACUAUGGCAUAGCGUGCAAGCCAGUAUCUUCAAUGGGAUGCAAGUCUAUUUUGUUCCCUACUCACUCAUGAAAGUCAAUCCAGCAUCAUGGAUGCACAUCGUCACCAAGUACAAAGCCACCCUUGCCAUUGUGAAGUCGAGAGACAUGCACUGGGGUCUGAUGGCCCAGAAAGAACACAAAGGAAUCAACCUUAGCACGCUCAGGAUGCUUCUAGUUGCUGACGGAGCUAACCCAUGGUCCCUGUCAUCGUGCGAUGCGUUCCUGAGUACUUUCCAGAGCAAAGGUCUCAAACCUGAAGUGCUAUGUCCGUGUGCAUGUGCUGCAGAAGCCCUCACUGUCUCAAUACGAAGUUCUAAAUUUUGGCCGGGUAAGACUGGGAUGACAGCAUCAGGACGAGGGGUGUUAUCCAUGGCUGGUCUCUCCUAUGGUGUGGUCAGGGUAGAUACAGACGACAAGCUCACAUCAUUAACGCUGCAGGAUGUAGGAGUGGUCAUGCCAGGAGCUGCCAUGGUAGUUGUGAAGAUAGAAGGUCCACCUAUACUAUGCAAGACAGAUGAGAUAGGAGAACUCUGCGUCUCAUCAGAAUCAGUCGGAGGAUCGUUCUGGGGUCUGAAGGGCAAGACUAAUGGUACAUUCAAUGUGACAGCGUUGACAGACUUUGAGCAGCCAAUCAGUGAUCAGCACUUUGUGAGGACGGGACUGCUUGGUUUCCUUGGACCUGGUGGACUGGUCUUUGUGUGUGGGAAGGUGGAUGGUCUUAUGAUCAUCAGCGGCAGAAGACACAACAUGGAUGACAUCAUUGCAACCGUACUGGCUGUCGAACCACUCAAGUUCAUCUACAGAGGGAGAAUCGCAGUGUUCUCCAUCAAGGUUCUGAAGGAUGAUAGGAUAAUCAUCAUUGCUGAGCAAAGACCAGAAGCCUCAGAAGAAGAGUGUUUCCAAUGGAUGAGUAGAGUACUACAGGCUGUGGAUAGCAUUCAUCAGGUGGGAGUCUACUGUCUGGCCUUAGUUCCUCCAAACUCACUCCCCAAGACUCCUCUUGGUGGAAUCCACCUGUCAGAGACGAAACAAAGGUUCAUCAAUGGAACUCUUCAUCCUACUAAUGUACUCAUGUGCCCUCAUACGUGCGUCACCAAUCUACCGAAGCCAAGGAUCAAGCCUACAGACGUUGGUCCCGCCUCGGUGAUGAUGGGUAACCUGGUAGCAGGAUCACGCAUAGCAGGAGCAUCAGGAAGAGAGAUCGGAUCAUGGGAUGAAGAUACAGAAACAUCAAGAAAGAACCAGUUCUUGGCAGAGGUGUUACAAUGGAGAGCGCAGAGCACACCAGAUCAUGUCCUCUUCUCACUCCUAAACAACAAGGGUCAAGUCGGAAUGACGCUCAACUGCAGCCAGCUGCACAAGCGGUCAGAGCGGGUAGCCCUGCUGCUCCAGGAGAAGGGUAAGGUCAACUCUGGUGACCAUGUGGCUCUCAUCUAUCCUCCUGGCCUGGAUCUCAUCGUAGCCUUCUAUGGAUGUCUCUAUGUUGGUGCUGUUCCGGUGACUGUACGUCCUCCCCAUGCCCAGAGCCUUGUUACGACGUUGCCUACAGUGCGUAUGGUGGUGGAGGUCAGCAAAUCAGUGGUGGUCCUCUCCACGGCAACCAUCGUUAAACUCCUCAAGUCAAAGGAAGCGAUGGGAACGGUGGAUAUCAAGACGUGGCCCCCUCUCCUAGACACUGAUGACCUUCCCAAGAAGAAACUGUCCAAUAUCUACAAAGCCCCCACCCCUGAGAUGCUGUGCUUCCUAGACUUCAGUGUCUCAACGACAGGCAUGCUUGCUGGGGUCAAGAUGUCUCAUGCAGCAGCGAGUGCGGUGUGCCGAGCCCAGAAGCUUGCCUGUGAACUCUACCCCUCCAGGGUUGUGUGUCUGUGUCUAGAUCCCUACUGUGGGCUAGGUUUUGUCCUCUGGGUACUAAGCAGUGUGUACUCCGGCCAUCAGUCGAUCCUGAUUCCUCCAACUGAAAUCGAGACCAAUCCAGCCCUCUGGUUGACCGCUCUCAGCCAACACAAAGUUCGUGAUACCUUCUGCUCCUACUCAGUAAUGGAGAUCUGUACUAAGGGACUCGGCCAGAGUGUCUCCACACUCAAGACACGAGGGAUAUUACUGUCAGCUGUGCGGUACUGCGUGGUGGUGGCAGAGGAGAGACCAAGAGUAGCUCUCACAAACUCCUUCUCCAAGCUCUUCUCCAGUCUUGGUCUCUCACCUAGAGCAGUCAGUACAUCCUUUGGCUGCAGGGUCAACAUGGCCAUCGCAUUACAGGGGGCAUCCAGUCCAGACCCCACCACCGUCUAUGUUGACACGAGAGCUCUGAGGAAUGACAGGGUGACCAUCGUAGAGAAAGGGAGCCCUCACAGUCUCUGUGUCAUGGAGUCUGGAAAGAUCUUGCCUGGGGUGAAGAUUGUAAUAGCUCACCCUGAGACCAUGGGCCAGUGUGCAGACUCCCAUCUUGGAGAGAUCUGGGUCUCAUCACCCCACAACUCGUGCGGCUACUUCACCAUCUAUGGGGAUGAGUCGCUUCACAACGAUCACUUCAGUGCUCAGCUGAGGACGGGUGAGACCCGCGGAACGUUCGCUAGGACUGGUUAUCUUGGCUUCCUCAAGAGAACGGAUCUCACACAGGCUGAUGGAGAUCGUCAUGAUGCUCUGUUUGUUGUUGGCUCUCUUGAUGAGACGUUGAUGAUGAGAGGAAUGAGAUACCAUCCCAUAGACAUUGAGAACACCGUACUAAGAUGCCACAAGAAUGUGUGUGAAUGUGCUGUCUUCACCUGGACCAACUUGCUGGUGGUUGUCGUCGAACUCGAUGGCAAGGAGUCCGAGGCCCUUGACCUCGUGCCCCUGGUCACCAACGCCGUCCUGGAGGAGCAUUACCUCAUCGUGGGCGUGGUCGUGAUGGUAGACCCUGCCGUCAUCCCCAUCAACUCCAGGGGAGAGAAGCAACGCAUGCACCUUAGGGACGGCUUCCUCGCCGACCAGCUAGACCCCAUCUAUGUGGCCUACAACAUGUAGAGGCAACACAUCCUGCGUUGCCUGCCUCGUGUGGUAGCAACAAAGGAGAGUGGUGGGCACACUGUCUUGUGUGGCACAGGCACAGGUAGUAAGGCUGAUCUGCUGGGGGAAGGUCCUUUCACACACGGUCUUUUGAAUGUGACGAUAGAAGAGGUACCCUUGAUAGGUAGAUUUCACUUGAUAUCUAUUUAGAUCUCUGCGCAGAGGAUGCCUUUGAUGAUCUUACUAUCUUAAACCAUUGACUACAAUUUUAGUUUUGGUGUAACAUUCAUAUUCAAUAGACGCCAGCCAGAGUUAUCUUAGGCCUAGUAUUCAUUGGGUUAAGCUCCCUUGGAGAUCUGUUUAUGAUAGAGAUGAUUGUGUAAUGAAUUUUUAGAAACUUCUUGUAAGCUCUGAUAAUUCUUAAGCCAUGGCAAAUGACUCCUUACUCAAUAGGAACUACUUUUUAUCGUAACAUCUUGACUUUUAGAAUGGCUCCUUUUCCAAAAGUUAGUGUAAGAAGUGUAACUAAAAGUGAAUUGUAUCAAGUUUAGAGGCAGAUAUAAAUCUAUUAAAUUUCAUGAUAUCAUGCAUCAAUACUAUCUUUCAGUCAUUCUCAAAGAUGCUUAAAUAGCACUACUUGUUUAUAAUGUUACAGGAGCAUGGAUAAAUGGUAUAAAUGUGAGUGCAGAUGUCUUUUGGAUGCUCCCAUCAAUGCCUAAACUCCACAGUAGAUCAAGGUCUAAUUAAUACAUUUCUUAAUACCUUCUAGUUGUUAUCUGACAGAGAAGAAGGGACGCUUCAAAAGGCAUCCUCUCAUGUGUUUAUAAAUCAAAGUGAAACAGAGAGGAAUUAGUUAUAAUGUCAGCGUCAAAGCCUCUGAUGUAAAAACUCUAGUAGAGGUUUGAACCUUCAACCUUAUUGGUUUAGUGACCAUAUGCGGCUGGACCGUGUUCUGUGCCCACAAGUUGCGCCCCCAUUCUCCGUGGAAGUUGUAGCGUGUUGAGGCCGCAUGGCUGUGUUGCCUGCGACAUGUUACAGGAGCAUGGAUAAAUGGUAUACAACUUCAUGAAAGAAGACAAAGCCUGUGUUGCAGUGUCUUGCUGCAACAAAAUUAGUAGGGGAGGAACACAUCGAUUGUUUGGUUUUAGCCUCACAGCCAAAUUGAUAUCGUGCACCUCAUCCCGUUUUGUUAUAGCAAGAAACGCAAAGGCACCACAAAGCCAAUUAAUGGAGUCAAAUGUCUCUUUUUUGCCAGUAGAUAUUCUUCCAUAUUGCUCUUUUUCUAUUGUAGGUGGCGUAUUCACUUAUGAAAACAAAGAAGUAUUGAGAGGAUUUUUUUUCCAGGGUACAUUAAUACCCAUGCUCCAUUUUGGUUUAUUUGUUAAUUAUUCCAAGUAAUGUACAUGCAAAUAGUGAGUAAAUGCACCUGUAGGUAUGUGUACAGACACACAGAGAAGGAUUCACUUUGGGAAGAAGUUUUCUUUUUCCUCUCAUGAACUUUAUUGAUAAUCAUUUAUUUUAUUAUAUCGUGUGACAAUCACUUGAAACAAAUUUCAUAUUGAGUCUUCUUUUACUGUUCUAAGUUUCUUGGAUACAGGAAGAUUUCUGUAUAGAAUGUAAGUGAAGUGGAUUUAUUCCAUGUAAAUUGUAUAGGCGUUUCAAAUGGAUCUCGGUAGAAAAAGUUUGUCUACAUGUAUCUUAUCAUAUUUAAACAUCUCUUCCUUGAAGUUGAGAUACAGAAAAGGGACAUGUUCGAUCAUUAGUAACUGAUCUUUUUUCUCUAAUCUUCAGAUACUGUACAAAAUCAAAGAUGAGUUUUGAAAUAUGACUUAUUGGACUUGGUUGCCAUUGAAUCUGAUAUUUUUGUAUAAUUUUACAAUCACAUGAUAAUUUUUUUGUAAAAAACAUAAUUUACGCUAUGAUUAUUGGAUGGUAUAUGUUUUUUGUACACACUUCUAUAACCAUAUGGUAUAUGUACAUGUAUAUCUAUAUAUAUAUUGCUAUUAAGGCUAAGUCGGUAGAUGUACCUUCGAAAAGCAGUUUAAGUGUCUAAAGAGAAUACAAUGUGGUGCGGUAGUUUCUUGUGCAAUUGUAGCUUGUAAGAUUGAAAGAGAUGAUUAUAUUAUACCAGGUGUCGUGUGAAAAUCUGUAUGUCUCACGGCAUGUUCACAUUGCUUAGACUUCGUUUUAAAUUGUGGUCAAGCUGUAUGUAUCUUUAACAACAUACAGAAGAGGGUUUGUUCACACUAUAAAGCGGUCCAGUGUUCAUUGUACAUAUGGAAACCAUUUAGUCUGAGUGGUAUGAACAGAGCCUAGCGUUCUUCUAAUGUGAUUGUGUCACCAUUCUAUAAAAAGCAUCUCGUUUUAUUUUUAUGAUUUAUUCUUGAUCUAUUUUGCUUUAAUGAAAUGUGCCUUGAUUUGUUGCGCAGUGAGUAUUUGUGUUGUUGCAGCUUGAUUGUGUUUAAUUGUAAAUUUUUAAAAAGCCCUAGAAUACAGCGGACUGUAAAUAAUAUUAAACUGUGAAGUAUUUCGAAAAAUUUAAACAAGAUAAACUCUUGGUGCCCCUUUCAUGUUGUGAGUGACAAAGCCCAUCCUAGAAUUGGAAUGUUUUAUUAAAAGCAGUGAUAUUUUUGUGAAAGAGAAAUGGGUGCACAUACUUUAAAGUCUAUUAUGUGCCUGAUUUGGUUUUUAAAAUAGUGAAGUCCAUUUAUGAAAAUUUAUGAAAAUUUUCAGUAAACCGAGUGUGACAAAAAGGGGUAAUACUUGCCUUUUCCAUUGGGCCGAAUUGUUUAAUGAUUAAAAUCACAUAUGGGUAUUAUCUAUUUAACUUAGAAAGUAUUAAUGUAAUCAUGUAUGCAAUUGCAGAAUAUAGCUCCUGCAUAUGUAUAUGUGUAUAGAGGAAAUCUUGAAGGAUGUAAUUUCUGUUUCAAUAAUUGAUAGAUGUAAUUUACCUUUCUUGAUACAUUGCCAACAUUUUCCAGUGUUUAAAAAGUAAAGAGUUUGCAGGCCUGUUGCCAUACUUUAAUACAGACAGGAUUUCCUUUGGAUGGAACAUCCUUUAUGACAAGUUCACAUACACACAAGGAGAAACGAAUCAGAGAAAUUGAUUAAGUUUCAGAAGAACAAGAUUUUGAUAGUUAAGAUCUCUAAUAGUGAAGGUAAUUUUGUGCAAACUUGUGCUUACGAUCAAUCAAUGUAUGCAUUAGGUUGGAUGCUUGGAACAAUAAAUGCACAUGCUUUGAGUUGUUUUGUAGUUUGUAUCCUUUAGUGCUUUAUCCUUAGACUAAAUUCUGGCAGUGUAAAUGAAAAUAAUGCAUCAUAUCACUGAGUCAAGUGGUAAGUCAAAUGUAUACAUGUAGAUUUGCACCUAUUUUUGGUACAGCCCUUUUUCAUUGAACUUUUAAUAUUGGAGGUAAAAUACACUAUUUGAAAUAGUCAUUUAUGUGCAUGUACUGUUUGGUAAUGAUCUGUAGCGAUUGCUUGAAUGCACUCUAUAAAUAAGACAUCUUGUGUUUAUCUUUUUUUUGUUCUGCAGAUUGUCAUUGUCGCUACUGCCCAAAGUAGUUCAUUUGAAGUUCGCAAUUUGUAUAGCUGUAACCACCAAUAUAUGUCUAGUGCUCCCUGUAAAUUUUCUGUGAAUAUUUUGUAUGAAUUUGUCAUGUACUCUAGCAUUGUGUGUUUAUAAAUAUCUUGCAAUUACAUGUAAAGACAGACAAGAAUUAUUAUAUAUGAUCAUAUAUCUUUAUCUUCCACAUGUUUGUAAAGUUGAGUAUAGUAGAAGCAAAAUUUUAUAUUAUUCAAAAAGUUACAUCCAAAUGUUCGCUCUAGGGUUAGAAUUGUUCAUUUAUAUCGAGAAAAAUAGAUGUAAAAUUGGUAAAUAAAGUUGAGAAACUGGUUGUACUUUCUUCUAACUGGAGGUGAGCUAUCAUCGGAAAGAAAAGAUGCAUGCAUAAAUGUAGACAUGAAAGAUUAUAAAUUUAAAGUAAAUAUGUAAUUGUUUAUUUAUGUAAUGCGAAACAUGUAUAAUGUGAUCAGCUAGUAUCUAGUGACAACAUCUGCAUCUUUUUUAUUUUUGUUCGUGAAUCAUUUAAUGCCAAAAUCAUAGCGGGAUAUGUUGCCUUUAUUUUCUGUUAUAAUGUUCUUUCAUUUCGUGCUGCGUACACAGAGAUGAAGAGAUGAAAUGUAGAGUUUUGUAUUAUUGUUCUGCUGUUUAUUUGUAUGUAUAACAAAGGAUGUGCAUUUGGGGUUUGUGAAAUGCUUGGGAGAUAAAGCAGACAACAAAAAAUACACUUAAAAAAUUCUUAAGUUA